CAACGCGAGCAUUGUAACGGAUCGCAGUCACGGACGCUUGGAUUAAGGGCUACAGUACCCUCAGUGUCAUCUGUGUGUGAGUGUGCGUUUGUGUGACCGGUUAACAAAAAAAAAAUUAACAACAAAAAACCCCCCAUAAAACCCCCAAAAUCGCCACCCACGUGUGAGCGGUUAAAAAGUGAUUCAGUGUAACAGUUGAGAGUUCGAAAAAUCACUUUCGAAAUGAUAACAAACGAAAUGUGAUCGAAAACAGCUGAUUAACUGCGUGCAGAACAGCAUUAAACCAAUCAAAAGUGAUCUGGAGAAAAUUGUUUCACUUAAUCGCUCAUUUAGCAAAGAACAAAGAUCAUAACCUCUCAAAAAAGUCACAAAAAAUACAAAACGGAGCAGGAAGCCAUUCGAAACAAAAAUCCGUCAGAAAUCAACAAUCAACAUGUUUGGCCAUCUCAAUUUGCUGGCCGCUCUGUUUUUCAUCGGCACACUGAAAGAUUUCAGCGUGACUGGCCUGAGACUGACCGAGGUCCGCAUACCGAUGUACGUGAUUAAGGGUUCCGUGGCGCAGUUGGAGUGUCUGUACGAUCUGGACGGCGAGGCACUCUACUCGGUGAAAUGGUAUAAGGAUGGCAACGAGUUCUACCGCUAUGUGCCCCGGGACAUGCCGCCUGCCCAGACCUUCCUGCUGCCUGGUGUUAACGUCGAUUUGCACAACUCGAGCGACGCGAUUGUUACGCUGCGCAACGUCAAUCUGCAGUCGGCGGGCCGCUUCCGGUGCGAGGUUUCUGGCGAGGCGCCCUCCUUCCAAACGGUCACCGAGCACGGCGACAUGAUUGUUGUGUGUCUUCCCCACGAAGAGCCAAAAAUCACUGGUGGACGACCGCGAUACCAAAUAGGAGACUAUGUACGGGUCAAUUGCACUGCUGGAAGCUCGAAACCGGCCAUAAAACUAUCCUGGCAAGUAAAUGGAGAGCCUGUUGAACAGCAGAAGCUACGCAAAUACGAUAACAUUGUUUCGGGACGAGAGGGUCUUGAGAAAUCGGUGCUGGGCCUAUAUUUCCGAGUGGAACAGCAUCACUUCCGCAAUGGCGAUAUGAAGCUUAAGUGCAUAGCCGAGUUGUCGACCUUGUACUGGCGGAGCAACGAGGAGUCCGUGGAGGGCGACCGGCCGCAGAAGGCGCCCGUGCUCGAGUCCCGGGAAACGGUCUUUGCCAGCAACUCGCGCGCCGAUCCCGUCCAAGGUAUGUCUUACCGGGAAUUGUUUGUGACCAAAAUCUUAUCGCUCUUGUUCGUCCAUCCAAACGCAGCCAGUUCCACGGCUCCGUCGCCCACGACAGCCGCGCCGCCCCUCGUCCUCCUACUUCCGGUGGCGCUGGCGGUGGUGUUGGCAACCCUGGCGCAGGGGAUCGCCAACGAAAUAGAUAUAGAUAAGAUAUCGAUGGAUGGGACAGCACCCGGAGGGAAAGCUAUAGCGAAAGGAGCUCGACAGGCGAGUGAGUUGCUGGCUGACCGCGAGGAGGAAAUUCGCAGGACGAGAGCCGGAAAAUCCACGACGCAGCUGGAAAACAUGGCUUUGACUGCACGGUAGCUGCAUUAAGUCACAAGGCGGCCAUUUCCCUCCACAGCAAACACACACUUUUCACCGAUUUUUCCGUCUUCGCUUUGCAUAGAAAAACAAACAAAGAAACUCAAUGAAAAUCAAAAACAGGAAAUGAACAAAAAAAGAACAAAGAAAUUUAAGCAAACGAAAGAAAUGCUGCUAAUUUAUUUAUGCCGUUAAAGAAAGCUUUCAUGAAUUUAAUUUUAAAACACAAAAAACCAAAACUAUCUAGAGCAUAAAUUACGAAUACUUGUGUGAGAUCGAGAAAAAUUGUAUGUGAAAAAGCGUGCAAAAUGUUUUAACACUCUACGGAAAUGUUAGGACCCGUGACGAAUGAAGAAAAAACCAUUGUAAAUAGUUAAUGUUUAAUAUAUAUAUUUAUGUAACUGUAUUGUAUGUUAUUAAUUGUUAAGCUCACUCACAUACAAAACAGAAUUUAAAUAUCACACGUAUGGAAUAGAGGGAAAAUGAAUGGAAAGUCCUUCUACAAAAGUUGGUCAAGGCAAAAUACGAGUUUAACGAAAUAA